GAUGUCUGGCCCUCCAGCUGAGCCUUAUCAGCCAGUGGCCAAGACAAAGAUUGAGAGUUAUAUCCAGAGAGUGAGUUCUCCAAAGGAAGAGGGCAAAGUCUCUGUGGUUUGUACCAAGCCAAGUUCUCGAGUUAGUCCUAUAACAAGCACUGUUGCCUCCAAGCUUGAGCCGAGCUUCAAUAUCUAUGGCUACCAGGGUUAUCAACCAAUGUAUCUUUUUCCAUCUCAGCUGAAGGCAAGAGAAGGUCUUGGCUCUUCAGUGACAGAAAGAGCUUCUGUUAUGCCUCAACUUAACUACCCAGCAGACAGUCGGCGUAACUUAUCACUGACUAGAUCUCCUUCCAUGUCUCCAAAACAGCAAAAAGUUUUACAGGAACGUAUUAGUCCCAAAAUUCAGCUUCCAGGAGAGAGUAUUAAGAGCCAUGAGUACUUUCAACCAACUCCUGCUCAUCAAAACUCAUCAUCUCCUAGCUUGCCAGGAAGAGCAGGCACUCCCCAGUACCAGGAACAACCCCAGAAUCUGGUAAAGUCCAAACAAAACAGAAUGACCAACGUUCAUCCACAACAGGAGCCUUCACCCCGAAAUCUUACACAUUCCACAACAGGUGUUUCUCGGAGAUACCAGCCAUCCCCAACACCACCAAAGUGUUCAGUGACAGCUUAUCCCAGUAGCCUGAUUCAGGCAGGGUUGGUACCUAAUCCAAUGUAUUCUUCGUCUGUAGCGGGAACUGUCAGUAAUUCAGCUUUGAAAACUGGACUGUAUGCACAUGAAAGAUCCGUGCCAUUAGUUAUAGACACAAGCUCAAACCCAUCUCUAGUCCAGAAUAAUGUUACUUGUGCACAAGUCAGUGGUAUUACAACAGGAAUUCCAGUUUGUAAGCCAAAUACCAACAGUCAUGCUUUGGUUUAUCCUCAUUCACUGAAUUCUCAGUGGUCUCAGAAUUCUAACAUACAACAAGUUUCACCUCCACCACAAGCCAGGAUGAAUAGCAGUUCUCUCUCUCUUUUCCCACCAAGUUCUUUAAAUAACUUAUCACAUCAUAACUGCUAUGCUAGUCCAACUCUGACCCCACCAGCACCUAGUCCUGCUACUGUUUCAACUCCAGUGCGUCCCAAUUCCAGUCCAUCUGGUCCAAUGGUGUCUAGUAAUUUUUCUUUGACAGAUAAAAAGCGUAAAUCUCCAACAGAAAAUCUUGCUACUAAAAGACAGAAAACAGAGAAUGAUUCUGAAUCUCCCCCUCAACUCCACCCAAAUUUUCCAUCUGAUUCAAGAAAUGAUGAAAACCCUUCUCCACCAGCUUUGAAUAUCAUAUCAAGGUCCCCUCUUACUUGUGAAGGUUUAGGGGUCUGUGUUCCUCAGAGUGGUAUUACUCUUGGUCCACUUGUAAAAAAUCCACAAUUUAAGAAAGAAAAUGGCUUUGAUGUGUCUGAUGAGCUCAAUAACUUGAGUACUAAAAAAGUUCAGGCUAAUGAGUCGAUUUUUGAGAGUCAGAACUCUCAGUGUUCCAGUUCUAAAAACACUACUAAUCAUCCAAAACUGAAGAAAGCUUGGCUUCAACGACAUUCUGAGAACAAGGAUAAAAUGUUCCCAGAUGAAGCUGAAUCUGUUGUGAAAAAUCCUGGUGCAGCUGUAUUAAAGCUUGAAGAUUUAGACAGAACAUUUCAUGAAAUGAAAGAAUCCUCAUUUGACAAGCUUUCAUCUGGACAAGAUGAAAGUUCUGAUGAAAACCCAAAGGAAGUACAAACUGCAGUUAAUGGUAACCAGUCGUCUUUUCAGAACCAGGAUAAACUUGACUCUGUUGAAGAUGGAGAAUGUACUAAGUCUACCUCUGACACUGAACAGGAAUUGUUGAAACAAAAAACCAGAAUAUCUCAAAGACAAGGAUCAACAUCUAGGUUUAAGACACGUGGAUUGAAGAGAAAAAGCUUCAGGCAAGAAAAGACCGAAAAAGAUCAACUGAUGCUAACCAACGGUUCGACUCUGAAAAAGGUUAAAGAUGAACAUCAAACACAAAACAAAGAAGCUGGCAACUUACAUAGGAAGGGAAGAAAACCAAGAGGACGAGGAAGUGCCCCAGAAAAUAGUCAACUUAAGAACAAUAGUAAUCCAGUAAAUAUAAAAGAAAAAACAACCGUAACCAUACUGAAAAAAACUGGAGAGCCAUUCUUUCAAAAUGGUCCAUGUGGCGAAGUUGCAUCAAAACUACCAAAAUGCAGAGAAUGCCGCAUGACUCCUCACCAAAGAAGCAAAAAGAUGCCAAAUAAUUUCUGCAGGUUCUUUGCAUUCAGAAAGUUACGAUAUAGCAAGACUGGCACCCUAGUCAGCUCUGGUUUUUCAGAGCCCUCAGAUGCCACCGAAGAGGAUUUACGUCUCUGGAUGCCAUCACCUGAUAACGCUCUUGAUCAGCUAGAUAAACAAACAGCCAGGCUUCUCUUGGAAUAUGUGGGGAAUCAGUUUUAUUAUCUGGUGAAACAAGAGAAAGAAGCCCAAGCCUUACACAUGAAUCAGGAUAAAACGAUAACGUGGAAGAGGAUGGUACAAAAUGUCCGCGAGAUGUGUGACAUAUGCGAAGCCACUUUAUUCAACAUUCACUGGGUUUGUCACAAGUGUGGCUUUGUUGUUUGUAUAGAUUGUUACAGAGCUAGAAAGGAUGGAUCGAAGAAAGAGGACGAUUUUCCCCACAAGGACAGAGAUGAGUGUCAGUGGCUUCUGUGUAACAAUCGGCAGCCUCAUGACCAAGAGAAAUUAAUGCUGACACAAAUCAUACCUGGAACAGCUCUUUGGGAUAUGGGAAAUAUGUUGCAAGCUACAACCUUUUGUUCUUCAGGAAGAAAAUCAAACAAUGGAAUAUGUAAGCAGCUCAUCAGUGCUGUAAACAUGCAUAUUUGUGACAAGGAAGUUGCUCCUGUCAGUCAUAACUCCUCAUCAGAAUUAACACAGUUCGGCAGAAAGAAUGGCCUGUCUGAUCCUGUAAAAGGUGAAGAGUUGAGUGGUUACACAUCAGACAGUGAGGGUUCUCCUCUGAGUUGGCUUGCUGAUGUGGCACUAGGAAAGAGUUCAAGACCAUCACCGAGAACUGGUACUGAAGCUGAGUGUGAAACUACAAAUCUUGAAGAGGGAAAAGAGAUUGUGAAUGGCCGUGAAGAAAGAAGUGUAAAUCGUUCAACGUUACGUGAACUGCUGAUCCGACCAAAUGAAAAGGGAGUUAGUGGAAGUAGUACUGAGGAUAAUCAAGAACACUUGAAGGAAAAUAUAGUAGAAAGUGUAUCCCAGGUCACAGAACCGGAGGUUAAGAAAGAGCAACUGCAGUUCAGUUGUAGCUCUCUUGAUGUUCCUAAACCACAAAGAAGUUCGUCCAUUCAAAGUCGAAACCUUACAGAGAGUUCCCUGCUUCAUCCAGAUAUUCCACAUUCAUGGCUGUGUAGCGGCAAACUCUUGCGUCUUCAUGACUCACAACUUCAUCAAAACAUUCAAAUUUUCCAGGAACAGUGGAAACGAGGGCAGCCAGUGAUGGUGAGCAACAUAACAUCGAGACUUGAUACAAAACUCUGGAACCCAGAGAGCUUUGGACAGGAAUUUGGUGGGGUUAAAACAGAGUUUGUUGAUUGCAACACAGGAAGAAUCCUGUCAAAUCAAUCUCUACGCAAGUUUUGGGAUGGAUUUGAAAACGUCUCAAAACGAUUGAAAAGUAAAAAUGGAGAGGAAAUGGUGUUGAAACUCAAGGACUGGCCACCAGGUGAAAACUUUCGUGAGAAUCUUCCAUUAAGGUACAAAGACUUGAUAAAAGUUCUCCCACUUCCAGAAUAUACACAGCCUGGAGGGAUCUUUAAUCUGGUUGACAGACUUCCGGAUGACUUUAUUCAACCGGAUGUAGGGCUUAAAAUGUGUAGUGCAUAUGGUUCUACUCAUUAUUCCACGAUUGGAACAUCCAAUCUCCACUUGGAUGUGUGUGACAUAGUUAACAUCAUGAUGUACACAUCAAAUGGUGAAGAAAGCACACAAGAUGUUUUGAAUGCUAUGGAGGAAGGUGGUUGUGAUGAAGGGACUCUGUGUCGUGUACGUGAUGGAGACAUUAAACCAGGUGCAAUAUGGCAUAUUUACAGUGAUGAAGAAGCUGACAAGAUUCGAGACUUCUUGAACAAGGUGGCCAAGGAUCAGGGAGAAAAAGUGGAUAGCCACCACGAUCCACUGUUAGAGCAGAACUGGUACUUGAAUGGUAUGCUGAGGAAACGUCUGUACGCAGAGUAUGGGGUUGAGGGGUACACUGUCGUUCAGUGUGUAGGAGAUGCAAUAUUUAUCCCUGCAGGAUCACCACACCAAGUGCAGAACAUAUACAGCUGUAUCACAGUUGUGGAAGACUUUAUUUCACCCGAGAGCCUUGCUCGUUGCUUUUAUUUGACCCAAGAACUAAGAAACUCUCCUGAAAUUUCAACAUACCAAGAAGAUAGAUUACAAAUAAAGAAUGUCAUUUAUCACACAGUGAAAGAUGCUCUGUCUGUUCUUCAAGCUGGAGAAGAAACAUAAGAGUUAAAGUCUUUAUGGAUCAAGAAGAUAAAGAAACGUAAUAAAGCUUUUCGAUGUUUUUUUUUUUUUUCGACAUGAAGAAGAAACAUAGCAUAAUAAAACCACAAUGUUUCCUCUUUUCAAGAUGAAGAAGAAAAAAUCAAACCUUUGAGUUUCCACUUUUUUGGAUGAGAAAUAAAAUGAACUUUGAUUGAUGUUUCCUCUUUUCAAGAUGAGAAAGCAACAGAAUCAAACCUUUGAGUUUUUAAUUUUCUAGUUGAGGAACAAACAUUCCUUAAAAGAUAUGGAAGUGGAAGAGAAUUUAUUUUUCAUCUUUUCUCUGAAAGCUGGACUGUAAGCUACUUUUUGUUUUAAUGUUAUUUCUGACAUAUUCUAUGAAUUCCCACCAGAGACUUCUCUCAGGAAGAAAUAUGUAUUCUCAUGAAGUUAAGAUUGUUCACUUGAGAAAAACGUGGGAAAAGAACAACUUUUACAAGAGAGUAACUAAGGUGAUUGAAAUACUUGCUUGAAAACCUGCGGGUAUUGUCGUAGUUUGUAGGGAGCAUGGUUAAAGGGUUCAUUACAGAAAACUAUUACAAACAUAGAGAAUCAAAGUAUAGAUGAAAUAAGACUGUGUAAUAGAAUUAAUGUCCAGAAAGUGUGGAACAAGAAGCAUUUGUUCACUAUUAUCACUAGAGGAAUAUAAGGUGAUAACAAUUCUUUUAUUAGGUUUCCAAAAUCUACUAUAAGUUACCCUAAGUUUUGUAAUGAAUAUAAGAUAUAUAUAAAAGCAAUAUUGCUACUUAAACUUUUAGGCAUGAGCACAACUUUUAUCCUAAGGUCUUGUGCUUAUAGAUAUGCUCUGAUGAUUUAUUGUAACAGUCAGUCACUUGUAAGAAAUAUAACACAUUAAAUAGCUUUUCAUUGGUAUUAAAAGUAAACAAGAUGUAAGCAUUUACCUUAUUCGUGGUAGUGAAUGUGUUGUACAAUUAAUUUUUGUGUCAUUUUCAAAAUGUUUUAAGGUAGUUGUUAAAGAAAGUACUUCAUUAUCUACAAUUUUCUGUCAGCCGUUACAACCUAUUUUAAAGUUGAUGUUAAAAAGUCCUUCAUUUGAAGAUUCAUGAGCAUGUUUUACUUGUUUACAAUUUUCUGUGAGUCUGUUCAGCCGUUACAACCUAUUUUAAAGUUGAUGUUAAAAAGUCCUUCAUUUGAAGAUUCAUUGUUAGUAUGUUUUACUUGUUUCUGUUCAGUAUUUUUAGCAGAAAGUGAAUUUUAAAAAGGAACAUUUGUUAACUUUGCUCUGGUUUGACAGAAAACGCAUGUAACCAGCCUGUGCUUGUGCCUUUGUGACCUCCUUUGAUAUAGUGCAAUAUUGCUUUUUAGAAAUCCACAACAAUCUGUAUUGUCAUUCUUGUGUAAUUACUGGAGUACACACAGUGUAAACUUGCUAAAACCUAAUUCAAACUUUUAGUUGUCUUGACAGGAAGCUUUACAAUGUUGUAUGUUUGAAAUCUUCUGGGUUUGAAUUAUUUGGUUUAACAACACUAUUGUAAUGUACCAGUUUCUUCUUUGUCAGUCACGUUUGUAUCAAAAUUAGGACUGUGAUGAUAAAUAUAUCCUACUUAUUGCCUGUUUCCUAUCUGUGAUAUUACCUACCCAGAAAAAAACUUGGCAGUGUCGUACAUGAUUAUGAAAUGUCAUCCAUACAGGUGUUUUGUAAAACGAGUUAUUGUUGAAAUUGUAAAUAGGGUAUACAUAUAUUGUUGCAAGUAUCAGAGCUGUUUCUUUGCAAAAUUUUAGUUAUGUAAUUGUACACAAACAAUCCAGAAUAGAGUUGUGUAGAUUGUACUUUGAUUCUGCACAGAUUAUUCCCAAGUACUUUUUCUCUCUCUUCACUAAUAAAGAGUGGAAGAAAUCAGUUGGUUUAAUUACAAGUACAUUGGCUUGUUGCUUUGUAGUAGAUGUAUGUAUUUCUUGAAGGAUGUACCUAUUUUAGCUUUUGGCUCAAGAUUGCACAGCUAGGGUAAAUAUGGCCCCAACCUGUGUCACUAUUGUAUAUAUAUAUAUCACUCAGUUUUUAUCAUAAGAUUAACAUGUGUCACCCCAAAUUAGGAUUAGUUUACAGUUUAACAAUGUACAUAAUUACUAAGAAGUAUUUUUGUAUAUCAUAAUGUAUUCACACAGACUUGGUGGUGUAACCCAUGUUUGUUGAAGAGGAUGUUGUGGCUAGUACUGACUGUGUACUCAAACUAUGAGCUUACAGAAUUAUAAUGUUUUUCUGAAUAUCAAA